AUGUUUAAAAAUAGCCUCAAAAUCCUCCCUUCCUUAAUCCAAGCAAAUCGCUUGUCUCCCUUCAGCAAGCUCCGGAUCUCUGCUUUCCAGCUGAGAUGCUUCAGCCAGAAGCAGAAGGCUUCUUCUGAUAAGCCAGAAAAAAUGACAGCUGAAGAGAGAGCAGAGAAAAACAAGGAAGAAUUUAAAGAAGAGCUGAUGGACCAAGGCGAUAUGGAUUGGAAUAUAUACUUGGAUAGAGAGGGUCAAAAGAAGGAUACUACUGAGCUGUUGACCAAAGAAGAAUUAGCUCUAGCAAUCGAGAUCCUUGAGAAUGAGGAUGUUGAGAAAUACAAACUUUUAGAGAUCACUGAAAUGGCCGUUAGCAAGUACAGCGUUUAUAAAAAGAUGCUACUGUAUUUUAAUAUACCACUGGUGAUCAGCAUCCCCUUGAUCUGAGAAUUCUUGAUUGAUAUGACUCAUCCCAAAGCUAGCUUACUUUAUGGCUUAUUAUACACAGCAGAUACAUUGUUCUUCAUGAACGCAUACAUGGUCUAUAAGCUGCUUAAGAAUGCUGUUGUUACGAUUCAUUAUGUAACAAAGUCAGGGAUGUUCGAGAUCCAACACCUGCCUAUUUUUGGAAAUAAUCAAGAGAAAUAUUUGGAAACUGUAGCUCCAGAGCACAUUUCCAGAACCCCAAAUGUCAAGAUCGAUCCCUUCGUUGCAUACAGAAAUAAUUCUAAUGGGAGGAAGUAUAUCACUGAAGGAAUGUGAGGCUGGGCUGAUAGACAUUUCUUUGACUCUGUUAUUGGAAGAGCUAAAGAAGAGAAGGGGCCUCAAGUCUCAGAGAAGAUUAGAAGGAAUAGAGAGAAGAGUAAAAAAGGUAGUCCAUUUGAUUAAA